AUGCAGGCCCACGAUGGCCCACAGCAGCGAUCCUACCAGCGCCACGGCGACGACGACUACCACCAGCAGCAGCCACAGCCGGAACCGGAAGUGAGCAACGCUAGUGGCACGUGCAGCCGGACAUUUGUACUUGGCACGAAUUUCCCUACCCUCUGGUGGCUCUGGUUGUGGCUCUGCUGCUGCAGCAGCUUCGCCAUCGGUCCGGCCUGGGCCGGCCCGCGCUACAGUUCGCGCAUCGUCGACACCAAGUCCGGCGCCAUCCGGGGCGUCAUCCUCGAGCUCGCCUCGAAGCAUCUUGAACCGGUGGAGGUGUUCAAAGCCGUUCCGUACGCGACGCCACCGACCGGAAGUUUGCGCUUCGAACCGCCGAAGAAGCUGCCACCGUGGAAGGGUACCCGGCUGGCGGACACGUUCGGGUCCGUUUGUCCACAGAGCUUUCCCGACAUCGGCAACCGGACCGCGGCCCUGCUCUCGAUGCCGAAGGGGCGUUAUCAGCAUCUGAAACGGUUGCUGCCGCUGCUGGCCAACCAGAGCGAGGACUGCCUGACGCUGAACAUUUACGUGCCCGGAAGUGGCAGCCAAGGCCUGGAGGCACCGUACGCGAUCUUCUUCUACAUCCACGGCGAAUCGUACGACUGGGGCUCCGGCAACCCGUACGACGGCUCGGUGCUGGCCAGCUACGGUCACGUCAUAGUAGUUACAGUCAAUUUUCGUUUGGGAAUUCUCGGAUUUUUAAAAACUCGUGCCUCAACGUCCGGAGCAGCCACAGCAGCAGCAGGGUCCGGCGGGAAUCUAGGAUUAAUGGACAUCAUCCUGGCGCUGCACUGGGUCCGCGACAACAUCGGCUCGUUCGGCGGUGACCCGAAGCGGAUCACGGUGGUGGGGCACGACACGGGCGCCGCCCUGGCUAAUCUGGUGCUCAUUUCCAAAACCGGAAAAGGACUCGUUCAAAGGGCGGUCCUGCUGAGUGGAUCGGCCCUCAGCCCGUGGGCUUUGAUUCCGGAUCCGGACGCCGUCCGGCUGGAGGUCUCGCAGCAGAUGGCCUGUCAUCUGGUGCCGGGGCGCAACAAUCGGGCCCCGUCGACGGACGACAUCACCGAGUGUCUGCGGGACAAGCCAAUCGAGGCGCUGAUGGGUGUCCGGUUGACCGGCGUCCGGUUUAUGCCGUCCUGGGGACCGUUCCUUCCGCUCGAGGACUCGCUCGACCCGGAGUUCGCCAUGGAGCACUCGGGCGAGGGUUUCAUCACCAGCGAGCUGAUGCUGGGCAUGACGACCACCGAGAGCUACAACGACUUCAGUGCUUCCGACAUCCAGUACGGACUCGAGGAGGACCAGCGGAACCGGCUUCUUCGGACGUACAUCCGUAAUGCGUUCACGUUUCACCUGAACGAGAUCUUCUCGGCCGUGCGCAACGAGUACACCGACUGGGACAAACCGAUCCAGCAUCCAAUCAAUAUCAGAGACUCGACGAUGGAGGCACUGAGCGAUGGCCACACGGUGGCACCGAUCAUCAAGGUGGCCUAUCUGCACGCGCGACGUGGCGCAAAGACGUACAUGUUUCACUUCGGCUACCAGAGCAAGGAGAGCGAGUAUCCGCAGCGUCUGGGGAGUGUGCGGGGCGAGGAUCUGCCGUACGUCUUCGGGUUGCCGCUGGUCCAGGGGGUGCCGUCGUUCCCGCAGAACUACUCCCGCCAGGAUAUGGGUGUCAACGAGGCGGUGCUCAACUUUGUGACCAACUUCUGCAAAACCGGCGACCCGAACGAGGCCGGCCAGCAGCAAGCGCCGCCGUUGCUGCACCCGGACUAUGGCACCGUCAAGGAGCGGACCCGCUUCCGGUUGAUCACGUGGGAAACGUACGAAACGACCACCCAGCAGUAUCUCAGCAUCUCCACGAAGCCAAAAAUGCGCAGCCACUACCGGGGCCACAAGAUGGCACUCUGGUUGAACCUGAUACCGCAGCUUCACCGGCCGGGCGAUCCGGACGUUUCCAUGCGCCAUCACCACUUCCGCGAACGGGAGCCCCACUACUACGCCGGAACGGUGCGUGCGGAGUCCUUCGCCCGGCCGCGGUCACUCUACCAGAACGGCGGUGGGCUGAUCAACGAUGCGCAGGAAUCGCGCCAGGAGUCGUUCGGCACCGAGUGCACCCCGGACCCGACGAUGGGCGAAGUCCUGCAGGAGGCGGGUGCCGGUUCCGGGGCCGAUGGUGCCGGCUCGAACGUGCUGAGCGAAGAGGAAGAGGAGGAGCUGCUGGAGAAGCUUGCCAAUCGGCACUACUACAGUUACACGGCCGCCCUCGGAGUGACGGUGGGUGUCGGGUGUCUGUUGCUGCUGCUCAACAUGUUGAUCUUCGCCGGAAUCUACUAUCAGCGUGACCGCACGAAACGGAAAUCGCAGAGCUCGGCGCAGGCCGCAGGCGUGGCCGGCGGUGGCAGUGGCGCGACGAGCGGGACUUCCGCCUCCGUGUCCGGCAGUAACGCCGGGACGCCAGACGAUUCGGAGAUCCCUCUGACGAGUCUACCGAGUCCUUCGCCGGUGAAAUCGAAACGUUCAAUCGAACCACCGCCGAGCUACGCGACGCUUCCGAAGCAACGUCCGUGCGAUGCCACGUACGGCCUCAACCGGCAGCAGCAGCAGUACCAACAACAACAGGCUAUGUCGUCUCAUAGCAGUGGCGGCCACACGGCCGUGACAAUAACACCGCCAGCCAUCGUUUCCCAGCAUCAUCACCAGACGCUUCCGCGGGCCACCAAAGCACCACUGCCACCGAUCCGGUCCACGACGGCGACGGCCUCCGGUAGUUCGGCGGCCUCAUCGUCCUCUUCCGGGAUGGUUCCGCUGACGUCCAUCCUUGUAAAUAGCGCCAGCACCAGCCACCAUCAGCAUUAUCAGCAGCAGCAACCGGUGGCCGGCGGUGGCGGUGGCUGCAGCAGUGGAAUCAUCACGGUGGAUUUGGUGAACUCGACCAAGACAUCCGGAACGGGCGGGAACGGAAGCCCCCCGGGCCAGUCCACCAUCGGUGGCCAUCACCACCACCAUCAUCACCAUCAUCACGCGCUCCAUCAUCAGAGCGGCUCAUCAACGACGACGACGGCGACGACGGCGACGACGAACGGACCACCACUGGCAGGGCCGAAUCCGGGGUGCUCCGCACCGUCCGGGACGGGUGGCCAUCAGAACAGCUCCACGCUGAAGAAACGCGUCCAAAUCCAGGAAGUGACCGUAUAG